AUGUCUGGUGCUAUUGAAGUAGCUGCUAGUCUCCUCGAGAAAUAUGUUUAUAAUGGAUAUUCACGUUGUAUGUUUCUCUUUUCUGAUGGACAAGCUAAUGUUGGAAUGAAAACACGAGCUGAAUUAACAAAUCUUGUCGCUGCAUAUAAUAAUAAAGGCAUUAUAACUGAUUCAUUCGGUAUUGGUGCUGAUUUUGAUACUGAAAUUAUGAAGGUUCUUGUAAAUGUCUUUGGUAUAUGUGGAUCAGCAGCUCGUCUUAUUGUACGUGGUAAAAAUGGAGCUGUUGUUACAAAGAUAUGGGGUGAUAAAAAUAUUGUUGCUGGUGCAAGUCUUGGUGAACUUUAUUUCGAUAAUCGACGAUCAGUUCUUUGUGAAUUCACAACUUCUGGUACAGCAGUUGCUGGUGAAAAUGAAAUCGAAACACUUACAUAUGAAUUACGAUACACUCGACCAAAUGAUCCUACUGGUGAACCUACGGUGAUUAAAAAUACAUUAUCAUUAAAACUUGUAGAAGAUGAAUCACUCGUUAUGGAGAUUGAUCCUCGUGUAAAAAUCAUGUGUGCUACUCAAACGGCUGCUGAUAUGGAUAAAAAAAGUCGCUGA